AUAAACAAUUGCCAAAAAAGAAAAAACAAAUAGGAAAAGAAAUCCAAAAAUGGGAAGUGGAAGCCGAAAUUUACUCUGUAAAUCAUCAUCAUCCGCGCUACUCUUCCUCGCACCGUCUUUCACUUCAGCUCAACUCCGUUUCAAUUCCUUCACUCCCUCCAAACUCCGCCGUAUGGCCACUCAACCUUCCUCCUCUCCCUCUUCCCUCACCACAAACGACACCGCUUCUCCUUCUCCUUCGCCCUCUCCUUCCUCCACGAUUGAUUUUCUCUCUCUUUGUCACCGCCUCAAGACUACGAAGAGAGCAGGAUGGGUAAAGAGGGGCAUAAAAGGACCAGAGUCAAUAUCAGAUCAUAUGUACAGAAUGGGAUUAAUGGCUCUGAUUGCUCCUGAUAUUCCCGGCAUUGAUCGUGACAAAUGUAUAAAAAUGGCGAUAGUUCAUGAUAUCGCUGAGGCAAUUGUUGGAGACAUAACGCCCUCGGAUGGGGUUCCGAAGGCUGAAAAAAGCAGAAAAGAGAGGGAAGCAUUGGAGCAUAUGUGCAAAUUGCUUGGCGCAGAGUCAAGAGCGAAGGAAAUGAGUGAGUUGUGGAAUGAGUACGAGGAGAAUUCGACACCAGAAGCUAAAAUUGUUAAGGAUUUUGAUAAGGUGGAGAUGAUCCUUCAAGCUUUAGAAUAUGAAAAUGAGCAAGGGAAAGACUUGGAAGAAUUUUUCCAGUCAACCGCUGGGAAGUUCCAGACUGAAGUGGGGAAAGCAUGGGCCUUAGAGAUAGCAUCAAGAAGAAGGAAGGAACGCUAGUUUCUAGCUUUGAGAUUUUCAGAUGUUUAGGUACUUGUUUUGUUUCCUGGACCUUGAAUUGUCUAAUUAGAUCCCGGUGAUUGAUUAGAUUUGGAAAAUCAUCUCCAUAGUUUCCCCUCGUCUUAUUGCUUAAAACAUCUUCAAUCAAGAUUCUACAACCUAAACAUUUGUUUCAGUUUGACCAAUAAUAAUGCAGGUCCUACAUUUUCCUCCCAUUUAUCCCACCUUAACCUCCAUGAGUUGCGCUAGCAAGAAGCAGCGGAGGAGAGAAAUCGUCCACCUCAUGGUUUAUGCCUACCCAGCAUGGGAGAGGCAAGAUUUCUGGUUACAAUGUUGGAUGUGUUGGCACAAACAUGCACUGACUUGUUCUUGUGAUUUGACGAGGCAUGAGCAAAUGCAAUUUGUUUUUUCUA